CAUUGUCAAACUUUUUUGGUCCCCCUCUCUCUCGUCUCCACCUUUGCGUACCAGUGAAGCCUUUUUUAUAACUUGCCCCCACACCCACUCUCCACCACAUUUCCACGAAAUGAGCCAAUAUCAAUAUUCCCCAACUCCCUUUCUUAUUCUUCUUCUUCUUACUACUAUUCAUUUUGAGCACCCAUACAAAAACUAAUAAAGUUAAAAAAAAAAAAAUAGAGAAAUGUCAGGCGCUUAUAGUAAUGUGAGGGUGCCGGAGGACUUGCCGUUGACGGAUAAGGCAACGGAGUUUAUGAAGGCGGCGGCGGAGAUUACGGUGGCGUUAGGAAAAGGGUGCAGGGAUAUAGUGAGACAGAGUGUAGUGAGAGAAGACUCCUACAUUGCUAGAAAGUUGGGAAAGGGUUCUUACUUGUGGAGGAAUAUUGGUGAGCCUUUUUGUGAGAGACUUGGUCACAAUCUUAGCUUCUUCAAUCAGUUCCUGCCUGAAGAUAAGAACCCCUUGCACUCUUGGCUAGUCAUCUUCUUUGUCUCUCUCAUUGCUUUUUCAGCCUUGAAAAUUAAUACCGAACAGGAUACCUCCCCCGUCCCGUUGAUGAAGAAAGUGUACCUACAUCCACCUAGUGCUAAGCUCAUAGUGCUUCCGGAUGGUAGAUAUUUGGCAUACAAGGAGCAAGGUGUUUCGGCUGAAAGAGCUAGAUUUUCUAUGAUUGCUCCACAUACUUUCCUUUCCUCCAGGCUUGCAGGAAUACCUGGGCUUAAGGCUUCACUGCUGGAAGAGUUUGGCAUUCGCUUGAUAACGUAUGAUCUUCCAGGUUUUGGUGAGAGUGAUCCUCAUCCUAAAAGAAAUCUUGAGUCAUCAGCGAUAGACAUGUUACUCUUAGCAAAUGCUGUUGGUGUCAAUGACAAGUUUUGGGUAGUGGGAUACUCAAGUGGAAGCAUGCAUGCUUGGGCUGCACUCAGAUACAUUCCUGAUAGACUUGCAGGUGCAGCCAUGUUUGCUCCAAUGGUUAAUCCAUAUGAUACAAUCAUGACUAAGGAAGAGAGACGUGGAACUUGGGAGAAGUGGACUCAAAAGAGGAAAUUUAUGUACAUUUUAGCUCGGAGGCUUCCUAGAUUUCUCGCUUACUUCUACCAUCGAAGCUUCUUGUCUGGAAAGCAUGGUCAGAUUGAUAAGUGGCUUUCAUUGUCACUGGGAAAGAGGGACAGAGCAUUGAUGGAGGACCCAAUUUAUGAAGAAUUUUGGCAAAGGGAUGUGGAAGAAUCAAUCAGGCAGGGAAAUGCAAAACCCUUUGUGGAGGAAGCUGCAUUACAGGUCUCAAAUUGGGGUUUCAGCCUUGCGGACCUUAAAUUACAGAAGAAACAAAGAGGGAAAGGCUUGCUCAAUUGGCUCAAGUCUAUGCUCACUGAAGCUAAAGAGGAAUAUACAGGCUUCCUUGGCCCAAUACACUUAUGGCAGGGGAUGGAUGAUAGGGUGGUGCCGCCAUUCAUGACUGAUUUUGUGCACCGGGUUCUACCAGGAGCUGCGGUACAUAAACUCCCAUACGAGGGCCAUUUUACCUACGUCUACUUUUGUGACGAAUGUCAUAGGCAGAUAUUCACUACACUUUUUGGAACCCCACAAGGCCCACUCAAUACUAUAGCAAUAGAUCAAGCUCUGGUAGAAGGUGAUUCCAAAGGGCAGGAAGAGACUGAAAAGCAGGAAGAGGUAAUACCUGGCGAUCCAGCCAAAAAGAGUUAAUACUGAGUGAUUAUAUCAUUCUUCUAGUCUACGUUAGAAACUUACGAUGUAUAUACGUAUACCAUAGGAUUGCUCUGUUGCUCAUGGAGCAUAAAGAUAAAAAUGAAAAGGUUAAAAAAAGUAUAUCAGGUCAUUUGUCUUGGAGUUCAAGGUGAUUCUGAGGGCAUCUGAUGUGUGGGGUAACUUUUAGACAUGUUUGACACUACAAAAGGUAUACGAGAAAAUAAAUUGUUCUGAUUCUCAAUUGUAGGUCAGAAUCUCCUUCUGA